GAUUGUCGCGAAAAUCGAAAUUUAGGAGGUGGUCGCUCGGCGCCUAAUUUUAAUUAACUUUCUUCAAAUUUAAAAAAAUCAUGGGUGUACCAGCAGGUAAUGCAGAAAACGGCAAAAAAAUCUUUGUACAAAGAUGUGCCCAGUGCCACACGGUUGAAGCUGGUGGUAAGCACAAAGUUGGCCCCAAUCUACAUGGUUUAAUUGGCCGAAAAACUGGCCAGGCACCUGGCUUCUCCUACUCAGAUGCUAACAAGUCUAAGGGUAUCACCUGGGGUGACGACACCUUAUUCGAAUACUUGGAGAACCCCAAGAAAUAUAUUCCUGGAACCAAAAUGGUGUUUGCUGGUCUCAAGAAAGCCAAUGAACGCGCAGAUCUUAUCGCUUAUCUAAAAGAAUCCACCAAGUAAAAUAGGAUCUAGGAAAUAAAAAAAUAAGAAGUAUCUUCCAUAACAUUUCUGGGAUUUACUCCUUAUUUACUAGCCAAUCAG